UUAGACGCAGCCUGCCUCCGGUCUGGAGCAGCCGCACUCAGAGCGAACAACGACAUGAUUAACAUACGGAUAAACGCCGUUUUACCAUAAACACGGAAUAUAUGAUGAACUUUUACCGGUUGGCAGUUUUACUGGGAGCAUCGGUCUGCGUGUGUAAUGGCAUGCACGUCACAGUGCGGGAGAAGAAGCGCUACGCCAUGCUCUUCCAGUCCGUGGUCCUCCCAUGCCAGUUUCAGACGUCCUCCAGCAAACCCCCGGUGGUGCAGUGGUGGUACAAGUCCUACUGCCGAGACUCCACCCGAGCCUCCUUCUCCCUGCCCGACACUCUGGGCUACAAGGCCUCGGAGCUGGGAGCCACGGCCCAAGUGGAGUGCUCCGACAGCAGCCGGACGGUGCGGAUCGUGGCCUCCAAGCAGGAGUCGUCCGUGACGCUGACGGAGCACUACAAAGACAGAGACGUCACCAUCAUAAACAAGGCCGACCUUCGCAUCGGGGAGCUGCAGUGGGGCGACAGCGGCGUGUAUUUCUGUAAAGUCAUCGUCGCCGACGAUCUGGUGGGAAACGGUCAGGACCACAUGGAGUUACUGGUUCUCGGCAGGACAGGUGAGCAGGACGAUCUUCUGCCUGAGUUUGAUAUGGAGAUCAUGCCAGAGUGGGCGUUUGUGGGCUCCGUGGCCCUGGGCAGCGUCCUGUUCCUCCUGCUGUUGGGGAUCUGCUGGUGCCAGUGCUGCCCUCACUCCUGCUGCUGCUACGUCAGCUGCUGCUGCUGCCCUGAUACCUGCUGCUGCCCACGACACCUGUACGAGGCGGGGAAGAUGGCAAAGUCCCGACAGGCAGCUCCGGUUCCCGCCCAGGUCCCCGUGUAUCCCUACUACAUCUCCAGUGUGCCGACAGUGGUCCCUCUUGCUCCUUCAUCCCAACUGGACCCAAAGAUGUCAUCGAUCACCUCGACUGAGAAUAACCUGGCUGGCGUGCGCAGUGGUUACCGUCUGACCAGCAGCCAAGACCAGGACUCAAUGAAAGUUUUGUACUACAUAGAGAAGGAGUUGGCUCAGUUUCCAACCAGCAGGUUGGCUUCACUCAAAUCCAGCAGCAUGUCAGAGCUCAGCUCCCUUCACGAUGGAGGGAACGCGGAUUUCAGACGCAACUAUCAGACGGUCCAGAUGAAGGCGCUGCCGCCCAUCCCGGACCGCGAGGAGCAGGUGAGAGCGGCUCCACCCUCGCAGAGUCGGCGGCCCAGACGAAAUGACGGCAGUCUCUCAGACGAUGAAUUGGAGCGAAGGUGGAAUCCCCGCUCCGAGCAUCUGCAGAGGAAGACGUUGAGCAGGAGAGGUCGCACCGGCUCCCUGGAUGAGCUGGAGGAGUUUGCACGAUGCUACGGCUCCCGCGCUCGUCGUCCUGAGCCUCCAGACCGGCUCCAUGGGCGGGACUACAGCCCGCCGAGGCGUUCCUACCGAGAGGAGGACGACACCUGGGGCCGCCGGAGCCGGAGCCGGAGCCCCUCGCCUUUAAUGCACAAGAGAAGGGACACAUGGGACAGCGACCGUCCUUGUCGGCCGCCCCUGAGCAAAAGCUAUGAUGACGGCUUCCUCACCAGCGUGCUGGAGAGGAAGGCGAGAGGCCGGGGAGGGGACAGGAACGCUGGGAGAGCGGACGAGGACAGCGACACUCCGUCUAAAGGCAGCUCCAGGGGAAAAGGCAGCGACAGCUUCUACAGCCGGUCGCCCAGCCACCGUCCAGAUGAGGACGACCCUUUGCCUCCGUACUCUGAGCUGGAGGCCGAGCGAUACCGCAGGGCUGACCUGACCACGGACAGGUACCGCACAGCAGACCCGCCCCGAUCAGACAGAUACAGGACCGCCGAGCCAGGCUCGAGGCCUUUCUCCUACACCCGACCCCACCAGGGAAUGUCCCAGACACUACAGGGGGGCAGAGAGGAGCGGGACAGGAGCCGAAACCUGAGCGCUGCACUGAGCAGGGAUUCUCUGGUAGUGUGACGAGGCACUCGAACCUCCACCUGCACAGAGCUGCCGGUCCGUUCGUUUUAUCCGUCCUGCAUGCAGCUACGCAGGGAGAAGCUAAAACCGCCUCCACCAGCAGCUGCAUGAAGUCUGGCUCAUCUUGAAAUAACCUCAGUGAGAAAACAACAUUAGAGGAAGGAAAACCUGAGACAGACUGAGGCAUCCAGCCUCUGCUGUUAGAGCUUGAAGGUUUCUGGAUUAUACUUGUGCAUAAAUGAUACUGUAUCAUGUAUAUUUUAUGUAAGGUAUGACCUUUUUUUGUGUGUCAGUUUUGUCUGGUGGCUAAAUUUACACGAGUGCCAAGGUGUUUUAUUUUAUCUGUCCAAUUUGUGCAGGUAAAAACCUGUGCAGCCUCCACUCCUCCUAUUUAUGUGUCAGUACUCUGUAACUCAGGUUAACUCUGCAUUUUAUUCUUCUGUCUUUCCUUUUUGUGACAGUUUUGGAAGUACUGCACCUUGAAUUUGUUUUGCAGAUGAUCAUUGCACUGCCUGGAUGCUUUGUAAUAAAAAAAAAUAUCUUCUGAAA